AGCGCAUUUCAGCGUUUAGCUUCUUAAAAGAAGAAGGAGGCGUUCGUGUUUUCUUAGCAGUGAUGGCGUCGUACUGGGGAAUAUUUGUAUUCAUUAUCUGUUCACUUUUGGUCUGUGCUUCGACAGAGACGCGACAGUUUGGCACGGAAAACGUGAUUAACGUGACUGCAGUUAGCGAAAAUGAAGAGUCGACCUACAACGUGCAGAUAAGCUUGAAUGUCACCCUGGCGGACAAUAAAACUACCGUCAACGGGGUUCCGCUCAAGCCGUCAGAGGUGAUGAGGAUGCCAUGCCAGGGUUUGCUGUUAGAUGACAGUAACGUGAGCCUGAGUGACGGCGCCGGGACGUUGAUCAGCAGCGUGUUGAGGCUGAUGCUGGAUCACGCGUAUCUGCAGAGCGAAGCAGGAGACGAGGUUCUGCUGCUGACUCUGGGUCAGGAGAUGAUCCAACUGGGUGAAGAGAAGGUCUGGCAGCCCGACGUGUGGGAAGUGAAACUGCUGCUGAACCAGACCUCUGAGGAGGUCACCCAGGAGCAAAACAUCUACCCGGCGAGAUCCAGCAAGAUCGUCGCCAUGCCACGAGAAAACGACGUCAUCAUGACCGAAGAGUUCAUCGCUAAAACAGUCGAGGACCAGGUCCUACACACAACCAGUCACUACCCACUGAGGCAGGCUGAAACCACGCAGGAAGAGACGGCCGCUCCGGGAAAGCUUCCGGAGACGCCACUGCGCAUGGAACCCAGUGUGCUGUACGAGGACGCACCGGAGGAGAACGUCAAUCCUGACGACCUGCUGCCGGACGUUCCUCUCCGACAGUCGCCCUCGUCUUAUAACGUGGUGUGUCGGUGGGUGGAGGAGCUCAGGGACAGGCUGAAGCGCUUCUGCUCCGAGUCUCUGCCGCUCUUCUUCCUCAUCAUGUGGGUGGUGGUCGUCGGCGUCGUCGGCUCCGCGGUCAUCAUCAAGAUCCUCGACAUCUUGUUUCCCACGUGCGAACACAAGGGUUUCUUUCAUCUGAACCCGGAGACCCUGAUGCCGGAGGAGGAGAAGCAGAGCCUGAUCGAGAACGUAGAGCUGGUGGUGGAGGAGCAAGAGCAGAGCCAUGUGAAGGGAGAGCAGUACUGAUUAAACCCCCCCCCCCAAUGUCCGGUCCUGUCCCUUCUCCCCCGAUGUUACGUGCUUUAGGCAUUUCUGUGAGUGUUUUCCUUUCCAAAUGUAGCACUUUACGAGUCUCAGAUUUAUUUAUCCGUUACUUUAUUCGAGAGCGAGCGAUGUUUCUGUUUCACUGAGGCAUUAUCCCAGUUUAAUAUCUACUAUUUCCUUUGUAUUUUUUCAAGUCGCUGUUGCAUUGUGUCUAUGGAAAAAUAUCCUGUAUGAUGAUGAUGAUGUAUUUAUGCACUUAAGUCACGCACAGACGUGAUAAAGUAGGGCACGGUGUAGUUUCGGGACCAAGCUACAUUUAAUAUGGUCUGCGUUAAAAUUUGCGCGUAGCUCUAAAGCGGAGAACGGUCGAGAACAUUUCCGAUAAUAACGAGAAGGAGGAACUGGAUAUUAUUUCACUUUUCUGUUGUGGAAAUUCUACGAUAGUGUCCUCAGUUAGCUGGUUUAAUAUUCGAGUUGUAAAACUGAACCACGUUGCGUUAUCAAGAGCAUGUGAAGUGAAGAUGCAUACAGUGCUUACGCUACAUUUAAUUAAUUAAAUAAGCUAUUGUUUGUUUUUUUUUCUUCUUCUCCUGUAUUUCUGCCCUGACAGAUUCUCAUUCACGUGUGUAAAUAAACAUCGCUGCUGCUGUUCACCAUGCUGAGGCUUGAGAUUAGGAUGUAGAAAGCAUUAAUGUCUCUUUAUAUCACGGCGCUGUUUAAUUGUCAAAUCGGAUUGGUCCAACGGCGUUGAUUAAUUUCCUGUAACGUCAACGCUGACUAGUUCCGGCUGUAAUUCAAAUCACGGGUUUAUAUUAGCGCGGUAAUACGACAAGCUGCCUUUCAGAGAGAGAGAAGUAUGACAAGUACAAUGUGUAAAAUCGUUAGUGGUGCCUGAUUACUGUGGUAUAAGAAGAAUAAAACUCUUCAGGAUGUGCUGUGAGGGGGAAAUUAACUUCAUGACGCGGUGUUAAUAGCGCAGCUUUCGUUUCUAUUCAGGAUUCGAGGUUCACAAUGCGUGUUUGACCAUCAUGUUGUGGAACUUACAGGAGCACGAGCGCAUGCUUCAGGACACAAGGCAUCACUGUAACUGUUUUUCAUAGAAUGUUUAUUAUCUUAUAAACAACAUUACCAAAUUGUCAUCUAAAUACAUUUUGCAGUGUUUAUAUAUACACACACAUAUAUAUAGACUGGGUCACUUGUUCACUAGAAAAAAAGGCCACUGAUUGGUUGGAAGUAGUGUAAUUGAAAUUCAUCUUUGAAUGAAGUGAGGCGAAAUGUGAGUAAUUAAAAAAAAAUAAAAAGAUGUUAUUGUGCAUUAUAAAAAAUAUUUGGGAUGUGAAGACAAUUACAAUAAAUCACAGACUGACUUACGUG